AUGCAAGGAAACAACAAGCCAGACCACCUUCUCCCUCCGAGGCUGUUCGCCACAGACAGGGCCCCAAGCGGACGUAUCAACAUCUACUCCAAGCCAGACCUUCUAGCUUUUAUACAGCAUGCUCUCCGGAACACCAAAGAGCUCCAGUACAUCAAAGACUCUUGUUUCGGGAAGUUAUUUGAGCUCCCAGCACGUCAGUGUCCUGCCUCGUGUAAAAUAAUACACGCUUUUCUUACAAGACAGCUAAUUGUCGAGGAUAAACACACACUCUGGUCAGUCUUUGGAAGCGAUCCCAUCCGUUUCGGACUCCAAGAGUUCGGCACAAUCACAGGUCUGCCUUGUGGUGAUUUUGCUGCAGACUACAACACUGAACUGGAAGACCAGAGUAAAGCUCACAAAGAUCCUGACUGGAUCAAGCUGAUCGGUAAAAAGAGAUUCACCACCAUUGCUGAUCUACGCCACAAGCUCGAGACUGAAACAACGAUGCCAGGAAAAAAGAAGCUGCGCCUAGCUCUAAUAAUAAUUGUUGAUGGGGUUCUAAUCGCUCAUGAACAAACUCCACGGCCUACUCUGAAGUACGUCAAGAUGGUCCAGGACGUCGACGCUUUCUGCCUACACCCUUGGGGCAGAGAGUCUUUCCUCAAGACUAUUACCUGCAUGAAACCUCCCAAGUUCAUCCCUCUGAAAUGCGAGGACCCUAUUGCAAAGCUUGUUGAUCUUUUGAAGCAGGAAACUUUCAGGCUGAAGGGAUUCCCCCUAUCAUUACAACUCCUUGCAUUUCAAGCCGUCCCGGAGCUGCAGUCCAUAAUCCCAGCCCCCUUAGACUCGCUAUCAAUCAUCCAACUCGAAGAACCUCAUCUUCCUGUUUACCCGAAGAUUAGCUACCUUGACAUACUACGCGUGGAAGCUGUUGAGAAUCUUGCUGUUACAUCAUUGAUACCAAUACAAAGCCAACCGCAACCAGGAUGGGGAGUUUUGCACGACGUUGUUGCUGAUAAACGCCUAACGUACAUGGAGAACCUCAUAGCGAACCACCACCCAUUCAAGAAGCAUCUCUGGCCAGGUGGAGACACUUCCACGCCCAUACUCAUCCAUAAACCUCCCUUGGAGGAACCAGAAACGAGGAGACAAGUUUCAAAAAAUGCUUUGAGACCUAGAAAGCCCCUAAACAAACCACCACCGUGCCGAAAGCAGAGGAGGAUCAGCAACUACUUUCUCAGAACUGGUUCAACCAGCAACUCAAACGAUCAGAUGAUGGAAAUGCUUUCUAAAGUUUCUAGCGAAGUUUCCAAACUCAGGAAAGAGUUUAGAUUGAUGCGCCAACUCAACAAACGCAAGAAGUCUCGAACCCACAGCAAGCGUUCUGCUUUCCACUCUCUCAUUGGUUCUCCACACAAACCCCAACUCUCACACAGAGGAUGUCAGACUGACCCCACAGAGCAUUCAACCGAUGAUGUACCUAACGAGACGUCCCCGGCACCUAUGGAGGAAGAUCAUCCGGAAUGCACCUCCCCUGUUGUCAGCCAAUAUGCAGCUCAGCUCUACGGCCAACCUUCCGGCGAGUCAACUCCGUUCCACACAACACAUCUCCCUACAUAA